UCGAUCUUUCAUCUGAGGCACAGUGUCGGGGCCAAGGCUCCCAUGCGCUCUUCACUCAGCCUACUUUCAAAGUCACCUCUCUUUUGGAUAAAUGGAGACAACCUGAGCCUCUCUUUGGGAUUAAUGGUGAACAAACCGGUUUAAAGACAAAACAACACAAACCAACUUUGGCCAAGUUUGAUUUCUCCCACACUCUUUGGACGACUUAACGCACCACAGCUUCUCUUUUUUUCAGGGUGUAUGAGAUGGAAAACGGGACAUGUGACGAUGUGGAGGCGCUGUGGGAGAAGGUGGAUGGCAAACGUUACGAGCUGUGUCGCGUCAUCUCCCCGGCGAAGCUCACCCCCUACCUCCGCCAGUGCAAAGUCCUGGAUGAGCAGGACGAGGAUGAGAUCCUCAACUCCAUGCUACUGCUCUGCAAAGCAAACCGCACAAGCCGUCUACUUGACAUCCUCCACACUAAAGGAGAGCGGGGGUAUGUGGCGUUUCUUGAGAGUCUUGAAUUUUACUACCCUGACCUGUACAAGCUGGUCACAGGAAAGGAUCCCACACGACGCUUCUCCACCAUCGUAGUGGAGGAGGGUCAUGAGGGUCUGACCCAGUUCCUGAUGAAUGAAGUGAUGAAGCUGCAGCAGCAGUCCAAAGUGAAGACCCUGCAGCAUGUUGAGCUCAGCAGGAAGAACUGCACCUUGGAGGACGAGCAGAAGAAGCUACGGCUGGCCAAUCAGGAGCUUCAGGCCUUCCAACAGAGGAACAACAAGUUGAGAGAGGAAAGGAACGCCUACAGUGACGAGCUUCUGAGAGUGAAGGAUGAAAACUACAAACUGGCCAUGAGGUACGCCACGCUGAGCGAGGAGAAGAACAUGGCUGUGAUGAGGAGCCGAGACCUGCAGCUAGAGGUUGAUCAGUUAAAGCACAAGCUGAACAAGGUGGAGGAAGAGUGUAAGAUGGAGAGGAGGCAGAGUCUCAAGCUGAAGAACGACAUUGAGAACCGGCCAAAGAGAGAGCAGAUCUUUGAGCUAGAAAGAGAGAAUGAAAUGCUCAAGAUCAAACUACAGGAGCUACAGUCCAUCAUACAGCCUGGCCCACUGCCUGCUUCAGACAAGGCCAUCCUUGACAUUUUGGAACACGACAGACAGGAAGCACUAGAAGACAGACAGGAUCUGGUCAACCGCCUCUACAACCUACAUGAAGAAAUCCGACAGGCAGAGGAACUACGAGAUAAGUACCUGGAGGAAAAGGAGGAUCUGGAGCUGAAGUGCUCCACACUGCAAAAAGACUGUGAGAUGUAUCGCAACCGCAUGGAGACCAUCACCGCACAGCUGGAGGAGGUGGAGAAGGAGAGGGACCAGGCCUUUCGAGCCAGAGACGAGGCCCAGCAUCAAUUCUCCCAGAGUCUCAUCGACAAAGACAAAUACCGCAAACAGAUCAGGGAGCUGGAGGAGAAGAGCGAUGAGCUCCAUAUCAAGAUCGUACGCAAAGAAGCCAAGCUGGUGACCUUGGAGUGUCGCCUACGACGGCUGUCCAAGGACUCUCCUUUGGACCAGAGUCUCCCGAGGGACCUGCCUCCCACCAUCAUCUCUCAAGGAGAGGACUUCAAACCCGUCCAGGCCCAAUCAGAAUGGUCCAGUGAUGAGUCGCCAGAGGAGAAGUUCACAUCUGAGGAGCCUCGCCUCAAACGCAGACCCAACCUCAAAGGAGGGAACAGAGCAAAGUCUCCAGUGUGUGCACCCAGAGACCUUCAGGUCAACUCAGAGGCCACUCAUUCCACAGCUCUGUCAGUCAACGGAGGAGAUUGUCUGGAAAUCCAGAUGCGGAACUUGCACGUCAACAGCAUCUCCCUCCCUCCCUCCCCCAGCGUGCCGAUCUCCCCCACAUAUCCACCCUUCUCCGCUCCCGCCCUCUCCACAUCCCCAUCUUCACUUCCCACGGGGGAACAGUCCAACAGGCCGAACAUGCUGCGUUACCGUAAUGACAGCAUCCUUUCCACGCUGCCUGAGCCACCAGAGAAAGCGUCACUGUACCGCAGAGAGCGGGAGAAGGAGCAUGACUUCCACCCCCGCAGCCUCUCAGACUUUGAUAGUGACAACAUGGAAAUGGAGUUUGAGGACGAAGUACAGCGUGGUCCACCUUCCGUCCACUCAUCUUCCUCGUCCCAUCAGUCAGAAGGGAUGGACACUUACGACCUAGAGCAGGUCAACAAUAUCUUCAGGAAGCUCUCUCUGGAGAGGCCGUUCCGCCCGUCUCUGUCCUCCUUCUCCAGAAUCAGCACUUCCCUGAAGCCCGUGCAGGAGCUGACAUUGCAAGGCGACAACCUGCUGAGGGACAUCACUCUGGUUGGCGGCAACGACAGUGGGAUUUUCAUCUCAGCUGUCCAGUCGGGCUCCAUCGCUGAGAAGGCGGGGCUACGAGAGGGCCACCACCUCCUAUGUCUUGAGGGAUGCAUACGUGGAGAGAGCCAAAGCAUUUCAUUGGACACCAGCACUCAGGAAGAAGCCCACUGGACGCUGCAGCACUGCUCUGGACCAGUCAAGCUGCACUAUCGAGCCAACUUUGACUGCUACCGUCGACUCCAGAGGGACAUCACAGAAGGCCCGCUGGUAUCUGGCGACUCCUUCCACAUACGAGUCAACCUAAACAUCUCCGGCCAAUCAGACAGCUGCUCCCUGAGCGUACGCUGUGAUGAGGUGGUACACGUGCUGGACACCAGGCACCAGGGCCGCUGUGAGUGGCUGUGUUCUCGUGUCGACCCCUACGAUGGCACCGACCUGUCCGAGCGUGGCACCAUACCCAGCAACUCACGAGCCCAGCAGCUGCUCCUGGUAAAGAUUCAGAAGUUUGUGUGUCGAGGGGGGAGAGAAGAGAAUGAAGUCCACCGCAACAAUAGAAUGAGUUUACUGCCACCAGAAGAAGCCAGCCCGUCUCCUGAUCCUAAAGCCAGCCCACGCUUGUCUAGAGCCAGCAUCUUCCUCACUCAGAUACUACAGUUUGUCAGCAGGGUGGACAUCAAAUACAAGCGAAUGAACAGCAACGAGCGUGUGAGGAUCAUCAACUCAGGCAGCACAACACUACCCAGACAAGGGUUUGAGGCACUUAGACCCGAAGACACUGCUGACCCAGACAGUGAGCUGAGCCGGAGUUUGAACCUGAUUCCCUACAGUACAGUCACCCCCCAGCGGACCCAGAGGAGAAGGCCGGUCCUAUUCAGUCCAGCUGCUCUGGCCAAAACCAUUAUCCAGAGAAUACUCAACAUGGGGGGAGCAAUGGAAUUCAACACCUGCAAACCAGACACCCUGUCCAAAGAAGAGUUUCAUCUGAAACAGAAUGUGGAGCCCUUCAUUCACUACAAAGAGAAACAAGCCACAUUUGAAUGCAUCACCCGAGAAAACAUAGAGGCUGUUGCUUCUAAGGGCAAACACUGCCUGCUGGAGGCUGAGCUGAGCUGCAUCAAAGACCUCCUGCGGAGGGAAAUCUACCCAAUCAUCAUCCACUUCAAGAUCUGUGAGAAAAAUGUCAAGAAGUUACGGAAGCUGCCUCUGCGCGUGGAGUCGGAGGAGGAGUUUGUGAAGCUGUGUCGGGCGAAAAUGAAGGAGCUGGAGGGCAUUCCCUGCCUCUACGCCACCCUGGAGCCCGAGGCCUGGGCAGGGACGGACGACCUCAUCAGGGUCAUCAAGGAGCGGAUACAGGAGGAGCAGAAGAAGACGAUCUGGGUGGAGCAGGACCUCCUGUAGACACACACACAGAUACACACACAUGAGAAUGUGUAGCUGAGCACCAUAAACACCCUUGUACAUCAUGCUUUUAUGCAUAUACUAUAUUUAUGCUCAGACUCAAAAAUGCACUCACACUGCUUCAUUAGAAUAAAUGCAUUAUAUAUUUUGUAAAUGUGUGCCUUCACUUUGAUUUAGACAAAUAAACAUAUGAAAAAUGUUUAA